AUGGCAGUAGUACAGAAGAUGCUUGGCAGAUUGGGUGCCAUAGGAGUGGGGAUUGCGAUUGCUGGUGGUGUGGCACAAUCAGCUCUUUAUAAUGUUGAUGGUGGUCAAAGGGCAGUCAUUUUUGAUCGGUUUGCUGGAGUGAAAGAUGAAGUAAUUGGUGAAGGCACGCACUUCCUCGUCCCUUGGUUGCAAAAGCCAAUUUUGUUCGAUAUUCGCUCGACACCCAGAGUAAUUUCCACGAUCACCGGAAGCAAAGAUCUUCAAAACGUCUCUAUAACUCUGCGUAUACUUCAUCGACCAGAUCCUAGCAAAUUGCCGAAUAUUUACUUGAAUAUUGGUUUGGAUUAUGCUGAAAGGGUACUGCCAUCAAUUACGAACGAGGUUUUAAAAGCCGUUGUGGCUCAAUUCGACGCUCAUGAGAUGAUCACUCAGCGUGAAACAGUCUCCCAACGUGUCUCGGUGGCGCUUGCUCAACGAGCCGCUCAAUUUGGUCUCCUUUUAGAUGAUAUCUCUAUUACUCACCUUUCCUUUGGUCGCGAAUUCACAGAAGCCGUCGAAAUGAAACAAGUAGCACAACAGGAAGCUGAGAAAGCUCGUUAUCUCGUAGAGAAAGCUGAACAAAUGAAAAUGGCAGCCAUCACUACCGCCGAAGGAGAUGCACAAGCUGCAAAAUUGCUUAGCAAGGCGUUUGCGGAUGCUGGCGAUGGCCUGAUAGAAUUGAGAAAGAUUGAAGCUGCUGAGGAAAUAGCCGAGCGUAUGUCUAAAGCGAAGAACGUCACAUAUCUGCCAUCGAACCAGAACGUACUGCUCAAUCUGCCACAUCAGUAA